UACACUGGUGAAGGAGCUACACAAUAACAGGACAGGUUCAGUGCGCUUCCAAAUGAUCUCAUGGUCAUUCGUGUAACCAAGGCGACAGAGACAUGGCUGCCGGCGGCGCUCUCCCCAUGGUGGAUCUGGCGCCUUUCUUCAACGAAGACGACGGCGGCAGGGGCGGCGUCGUCCGCGCCAUCGAGGCCGUGCGCGAGGCGUGCCGGACGCACGGCUUCUUCCCCGCCGUCAACCACGGCGUGCAGGCAGAGGUCAUGUCGCGCGCGCUCGAGCUGUCGGCCGCGUUUUUUGCAUUGCCGGACGACGAGAAGGCCAGGGCUCGGCCGGCCGAGGGGACCGUGGCGCCCCUCCCGGCGGGCUACGCGCGGCAGCCGACGCACUCGGCUGACAAGCACGAGUACGUGCUGGUGUUUGAUCCGAAGCUCGGGUUCAACGAGUACCCCGCUGAGCCAGCCGGAUUCAGAGAAGCAGUGGAGGAGUGUUACACCAAGUUCACCGAGCUGGGGCUGCUCGUCCAGGAGGUCCUGAACGAGUGCAUGGGCCUGCCGCCGGGGUUCCUCAGGGACUACAACGGCGACCGUGGCUUCGACUUCAUGGCGGCGCUGCGCUACUUCCCGGCGACGGAGGAGGAGAACAACGCUCAGGACGGUGUCGGGGGUCUCGAGGUCCUCAAGGACGGCGAGUGGGUCCGGGCGGAGCCCGUCGACGGCAGCAUCAUCGUCAACAUCGGCGACGUCAUACAGGUGCUGAGCAACAACAAGUUGAAGAGCGCGACGCACUGGGUGGUGAGGAAGCCGGUGCACAGGCACUCGCUCGCGUUCUUCUUCAACAUCCACGGCGACAAGUGGAUCGAGCCGCUGCCGGAGUUCACGACGAAGAUCGGCGAGGCGCCGCGCUACAGGGGGUUCGUGUUCAAUGAGUACCAGCAGCUGCGGAUGAGGAACAAGACCCAUCCACCGUCCAGGCCCGAGGACGUCGUCCACAUAACCCAUUAUGCCAUCUAGCCUGCUGGGAAAUUGGUUUCGAUUGCAGUAAUGCAUGAGAGCUGCAUGGUCUGUUAGUCUGUUACAGCAAUUCGUGGUUCCAGAUGUUGUUACGAAAACGGGGGCUAUCAAAUUUGAGA